AAAAAUUGUUACAUAUAAAUAUUUAUCGAUUUAACUACAACAAAUAUUAUGUCAAAGUGAUCUGCAAUAUCUCAGUUUACUAUACGUAAUUAGCGAUUCAACUGUAGUGAUAACGUUGCCGAGAAAAAACGACUUUCAAUUAUAUUCCGAUACAUUAAUUAUGGCAAGCGUUCCUGGUUUUACACUGGAAACUGCAAAAGCUAUAUUAACCGAUGUUCUGACAGCACUAAAUACACCUGAAAACUUGCAAAAGCUUGCAGAAGCAAAGGAAAGUUCUGGCAAUGAGAUGUUGAAAAUGAUGCAAUUCGUUUUCCCACUAGUAACACAAAUUCAAAUGGAUGUCAUAAAAAAUUAUGGAUUUCCAGAAGGAAGAGAAGGUACUGUACAAUUUGCACAGCUCAUUCGGGCUUUAGAAAGAGAAGAUUCUGAAAUAGCACAGCUACAUAGUCAGAUCCGUUCAUACUUUCUUCCACCAGUUACGAUAAACUCUUCGACUGAAGCAUCUCUUUAGAUUAAAACAAGAUCUCAAAAAGUUUAUAUGUAUAUCAUUUUUAUCUAAAGACUAUUAAGUUAAUAAAAUA